AUGGGUAGGCCUAGGUUGGAACUUGAAUUGCUUAAUUGUUCAGGAACUAAAAGAGUAUCCGGUGGUGGUGGACGGGGUAAGGGAUAUGGUGGAAGAGGAUCUAGUGGUAGGGGAAGAAAUAGAGGUGGUGGUAGGGGAUCUGGUGGAAGAGGAUUUAGUGAAAAGGGAAAUAGAGGUGGGGAUAGGGGAUCUGGUGAAGGAGCCCAAAUAGAACAUUGUGAGGGUACUUCUGAGUUUCCUAAAUGUUGGCCUAAAAAUGUUGUCAUUCCAAAUGUUGAGAGUGAAAAUGAUGUGAGUCCAUAUGUUCACAAUGAUAUAAGGAUAUCAAUUUACAACCUAAUGGAAUCAAAAUAUACAAUAGAAGAGAUCAUGGAUGUUCUUGGAAUCAGUGAAGCAAAAAUAGAACAAUUUGAAGAUGUGGAUGUUAAUAUGUCACAGGUUGUUGGGAUUGCUAUCCAAAUAACAAUUAAAGAACUCCCUAUAACUCAAGCACUUGGAGAUGAGGAAAGGAUGAAUGAGGAGGAUGGCAUAGAUGAGUAG